AUGUCCGUCAUUAUCAGACCAAUCGAAGCCAAAGAUAAACAACAAUGGUUGAAUCUCUGGACUGGACCAGGAGGAUAUAUUGAAUUUUAUAAAUCAAUGGAUAAAAUCACCCCAGAAAUUUCCGAAACUACAUUUGCUCGUUUCCUUGAUGCAAAUGAACCCGUGUACUCAUUAGUUGCCAUCGAUGCCAAUUCACCUGACGAAAUUAUCGGAUUUGCUAAUUAUUUAACUCAUCGAAACACAUGGACUAUCGAUGAUGCAUUGUAUUUGAAUGAUUUAUUUGUUUGUGAAAAUAAUCGAUUACAUGGAGUUGGUAGGAAAUUAAUUGAAGCAAUUUAUGAUGAAGCUGAUCGUUUGAAAUGCGACAAGUGUUAUUGGUCGACACAAUUUGAAAAUCAUCGGGCUCAAUUAUUGUAUACUAAAGUGGGUGUGAAAUCUGGAUUUUUACUUUAUCGUCGUCCAAACCUGGCUGAUUGA